AUGGUAAAGUGGUACUUCAUUGCAGCCGGAAUAGCAAAGGACUGUGUGCUCAGAGAAACGAAGGCUUAUCCUGAGCGCUUGCGGAGUGCGCUUGAAUACAUUGCUAAGCGGAUGGGGGCUGCAUCCGUCAGAGCACCCAUCGUUGGGUACGAACGGCAAACUGAGCCUAAGACUACAUCGGAAGAGCAACUGAAUAACCCCUCCAACGCCGUCGACGCUCCAGAAUUGCGAGGCACAAAACGCACCGCCGAGGAUGCAGAGUUCGAAGACCUCACCAAGAUAGUCUCUCAAGUACUUACUGGGGAUCAGAACCUCAAGGAUCAAAUCAAUGACAUCGACAAGCAGAUUGAGCAGCUGCAGACGCAACGUAGGGACUUAGUAGAGAAGAGGAAGGAUGCGAAGAGGAGGUUCAAGAGGCAGACUUUGGCGAUUGCAUCGAGGACGGAUGGAUAG